AUGCCCGGACCUUGCUUACCCUUUACCCAGGCCCUUCCUCAGAACACGUUGCCUAGUAUGCCCAAUGACGAAGGAGGCGACCCGAAAGCCGGACGAGCGAUGUUUACGAUCGUAUAUCGUAUCGGAUCGCAAUCAUUCGACAUCACCAGUCCACGUUGCUUUGGCCGUCUCUGCCUCGUGUCCGUGCGACCUACAUGCAGCGUGGAUAGGGUCACGUCCCUUCCUCAACCACAAGCACACAACGCCCACACGACACCCACAACUCAACGUUUCAACUCAUACGCCUUGACACCUCCGUACUUACGCCUCAAUACUUCAACGCUACACAGGCUUCCCUGA